AUGAGUGGGGCAGGAAAGAAGCCUGAAGCGGCAUCUCCAGGAAUCGGUGGCUGGUUUAGCUCCGCUUGUCGGUUCGCGACAGACAGAAACGAUUUCAGACGGAAUCUCCUAGUUAAUCUAGGCUUGUUUGCAGCUGGAGUUUGGGUAGCAAGGAACCUGUCAGACUUUGACCUGAUGUCUCCUCAACCAGGCACAUAAUUCUAACCUAAUGAACACCAGGAGGCCAUCAGGUUUACAGGAGGUGAUUGACAUUUCUUCUAUUCAAGAAUGAAUCUUCGUAACAAACAGGACUGAUAAUAAAUCACACUGAAUGAGGAUUGCAUAACCAGAGGACUGUAUUAUUGCACAGUGAAACAACUGAUUAUUAGAAAUGUCAAACUUUAUUUAGAAUAUAAAUAACAGUACAGGUUUAUAUUAAAACAAUUGUUUAUGAACAUGCUGUUUUUCACAAUGUGGGAUAAGGCCAUCAUUCAAGCAGGCUUGGUCAUACACCUGAAAGAACGGAUGUACAAAAAUGAUGUAUGCAAAACCCAAUAAAAUGUGUACUACCAUCAUGAAA